CAAGUUUUCCUUCUAGUUAUUUUAUAGAUCUCUAUGAGAUAGACAUACAGACAGACAGUGGUGUUUCUAGUUUAGCUUGCUAGUUUGACGACAUGUUUUUUUUGAAUGAUUGUCAAAGCCAAACAAACUAGCAUGAACUGCUGCUUUGGGAUGCAAGUAUUAUAGUUAGCAACCUUUUCAAUACCACAAAUCGGACAUCAGCGGUGCACAAAUAUACGACUGGUGAGGUUGUGAGCAAACAAGGGAGAGUGUGUGUGAGAGAGAGAGACUGAAAGAGUGGUCGUCAUGGCAGCUGAGGCGCAGAGACAGCGGUCUCUGUCUACGUCAGGAGACUCGCUCUACCUGGUCCUGGGGAUCGACAAGAACGCCUCGCCGGAGGACAUCAAGAAGUCCUACAGGAAACUGGCCCUGAAGUUCCACCCAGACAAGAACCCAGACAACCCCGAGGCUGCUGAUAAGUUUAAGGAAAUCAACAACGCCCACGCCAUCCUGAACGACUGUACCAAGAGGAACAUCUAUGACAAGUACGGAUCCCUGGGACUGUACGUGGCCGAGCAGUUUGGAGAGGAGAACGUCAACACUUACUUUGUCCUCUCCUCCUGGUGGGCUAAGGGCCUGUUCAUCUUCUGUGGCUUGGCGACUGGCUGCUACUUCUGCUGCUGUCUGUGCUGCUGCUGUAACUGCUGCUGUGGGAAGUGUAAACCGCGGCCUCCCAUGGACCAGGAACCAGAGUUCUACGUCUCCCCUGAAGACCUGGAGGCACAGAUGCAGUCUGACGAGAGAGACGUUGGUGGUGACCCCAUCAUGAUGCAGCCGUCUGGAACAGAGACCACCAGGCUGACGUCAGACAACCACUCCUCCUACCGGACCGACACCGGAUACAACUAAGCCCCCUGUACCCCUACUCCUGAUACAACUAAACCCCCUGUACCCCUACUCUACACCAGAUACAACUGAACCCCCUGUACCCCUACUCCUGAUACAACUAAACCCCCUGUACCCCUACUCCUGAUACAACUAAGCCCCCUGUACCCCUACUCCUGAUACAACUAAACCCCCUGUACCCCUACUCUACACCAGAUACAACUAAACCCCCUGUACCCCUACUCCUGAUACAACUAAACCCCCUGUACCCCUACUCUCUUCACCGGCUACAACUAAACCCCCUGUACCCCUACUCCUGCUACAACUAAACCCCCUGUACCCCUACUCCUGAUACAACUAAACCCCCUGUACCCCUACUCUCUACACCAGAUACAACUAAACCCCCUGUCAGUCCCCUGUAACCUGGUCAUUAUAACAGUUGAACUGGUCAGUCCCCUGUAACCUGGUCAUUAGGACAGUAACUGGUCAGUCCAACCUGGUCAUUCUCUACACCAGAUUCAACUAAACCCCCUGUACCCCUACUCCUGAUACAACUAAACCCCCUGUACCCCUACUCUCUUCACCGGCUACAACUAAACUCACCUAAACCUACACUCUGUACCCCUACCCUCUACACUCCAUUGCCCUACACCACUAUCCUGCCCCUGAGAAGGAGAGUAGAGGACACAAUGGCAAGAGAGAGAGGAAGAUGGCAAGGAGGAUGAGGAGGUCAGAGGAAGUAGCAUAUCUUUGGUAGAGUGUGCUCCAUCUGACAGAUUUUGAGAUUUUUUUUUUUCAUGAAAGAAAUGCAAAGUAAUAUACAGUGGGGAGAACAAGACCUUGAUAACCUGCAAAAUCGGCAGGUUUUCCUACUUACAAAGCAUGUAGAGGUCUGUCAUU